CAGCAGCUCCGCAGCUGGACGCAGGAAUGGCAGAGGGGUUUCACGAAGAUCUCACUUGCUCCGUCUGCCUGGAUCUGUUCACCCAGCCAGUGCUGCUCAGCUGCGGACACUGCUUUUGCCAAAACUGCAUCACGUCCUUCUGGGGCAGCCAAGAGAGAGAUUCCACUUGCCCUGAGUGCCGGGAGCCCUGCCCUGACAGACAAUACACCCCAAACCGCUUGCUGGGGAACUUGGCCAAAAGAGCGUGGGCCGUGCGCCGGGAAGCAAAAGGCAGCACCGUGCAGAACGAUGCAGAAAUCAGUGAGAAGAAGGAGCAAGCAGAGAGGGAAACCGAGGAUGGGCACCGCGUGCUGCACUGUGAGGCCCACGGCGAUCCGUUUGAGCUUUUCUGCAUCACCGACGAGACCUCGAUUUGCUUUCGCUGCGUUCACUCGCCCGUCCACGCUGGACACCGGUUCAGCUCCUUGAAGGAUGUGGCGCAGAGUUACAAGGAGAAGCUGGACGAGGCCCUGGGGCGUCUGGGCACCAGAAUUCAGGGACUAGAAGAGCGAGAAAGAGGCCAAAAAGAAAAAAUACAUUCCCUGGAGGGCUGUGCUGCAUCACUGCGCAAAAGCAUUGAGGACACGUUCUCUGAGCUGCACCAGGCCUUGCAUGACAGGCAAGCGGUGAUGCUUGUUGAACUGGAUAAAGAUGAAAAGGGUGCCCACGACAACAUGGAAGGCCGUUUGCAGCAGAUCCGAGGGGAGCUUCAUGCCGCCCAGGAAAAGAUGAGCCAGGGAAAGACCCGCAUGGAGCUGAACAACACAGGUGCCUUCCUCCUGGGUAUCCGACAGUUCUUGGAUAUAUUACCAUCAAAAACGGAAAAUCAGUCUGAAGGAGACAAGGAUGAUCUUGCUGUCCUUCAUAAAGAGCUCCACCUGGGCAGAUUCAAGGGCCCAAACCAGCAUCUGGCAUGUAGGCCGCUGAGUCCUAUCUUUAUGCAAGAGUUAGAACCUGUCCAACUGGACCCCUACACUGCCCAUCCCGUGUUUGCAAUCACCAACAAGGGAACGUGUGUGAUGGUUCAGGAACCACUUCAAAACUACGGUAAUAACCCACAGAGAUUUCGAAAGCAUUGGAUUGUGCGUGGGACAAAUGGCUUCGUGGCAGGUAGACAUUACUGGGAAAUAGAGACUGACCUUUGGACAGGAUGGUUCAUCGGUGUAGCUGCAGAAUCCAUUGAAAGGGAAAUCAAGCUUGGGGCGGAAUAUUUUAUGGACAAGGCCUGGUUUCUAAACCUAAGGAAAACGAUAAGCAGUGGUGGGAAUAUAGCAUCAUGUUGCCGGAUCGGAGUGUAUCUGGACUAUGAGGAAGGCCAAGUCUCUUUUUAUGAUGCAGUGGGUGGCUCUCACCUUUUGACGCGCAGAGCCCACUUCAAAGAGAAAGUCUACCCUUUUUUCCUUAAUGUUCCAGUCCAAACCGAGAAAGAUGUAUUCUUGAGAAUUUGUCAGAAGUAGGAAAAUGAAGCUCUUGUAACACAUCAUCUUUCCACGUACAUAUCCCGCAGUUGCAUGUCCCACAACAUCUACUGCAACUGUAUCCACAACUGUAUCCCACAACGUCCACUGCAACUUGAUUUGACCUGCAGUCAUACCUCACUUACCUGGGAGAAAGCUUCACUGAAACCAGUGGGAUUUGUGCAGUUCGUUUCUUUUAGUACUUCCUACCCACAAUAAAAAAUUCAGAAAUUGAGAUAAAAAGUUGGCAAAAUAUUUUUAAUAAAUAUUGUAACGGAGGAAAGAAAGCGAGGGUAAAUAAGAAUAAAUGGUAUUUAAGCCAAAAAAAAGGGAGGAUUGGGUCUCCCAAAUAUAAAAUUAUACUAUGUAGCAAAUAGAUUAAGACAUAUUGUAGAAGCAAUUAUAGGAGUAGGAGAUCUAUAUUGGAUGGAGGAUAAAACUACAAGUAAUGUGGAGAUGAGCUUGGAAAAUGUCUUUUUCAAGGAAGGAGGGAGAAAAUGGGUUGAAAGUAUAGAUAAUCCACUCCUGAGGUCUCAAUGGGAAAUUUGGAGUAAAUUUAAAGGGAAGCUGCUUCCGAGCAACUCUCCCUUAUCACCGGUAAUAAUGUUAAAGAAUUUCCCAGAGGAACUGAAAGGUAGAUUAAGUAAAAUAUUAAAAGAGAAAAACAAAUUGAAAUUAAAGGAUUGGUUAAGAGAUAUAAAUACAAGAGAAGAUAUGGAAGAUUUGUUAAAGGAGAAAAAAUUAUCUUGGUUAGAGU